AAGGUCAUGUAGCAAGCGCUAAGAAAAGGCUAAGCCUGAGAAGAUGCUCAGAGUGCUCCCAUACACGGCUCAUUACGGUAGCAGCCAGACGCGCUCUCUGUCCGUGUCCCUGUACAUGUGCAGAUAGUAAAGUUGCAGUCACAUAAUGCGGGUGUGAAUGUGAGGGGGUCCCUCAGUGUCCGGCCCGACCCUCACUGCCUAGGCACCGAGCAGCGCUGGAAUGCCAGCCAAGGAGCCAACAGGUCACCUCUGGGCUACAGCUGCCAGCUAAUGACAAGGAGAAGAAUCAAAAGAAAUUUCAAAACAUCCAAUGACCUGCUUAGUCCUUCAUACUGAUCACAAUGCAUUUCUGACCAGCCAUUGGGUUUAUGGUUUGGAACUGUGCUGCUUGUUGAAGACCUUCUUCCUGAAAUAAUGAUCCCCUUUGGUCCAUGGAAGAUCUGAAAGUACCUCUACACCAAGACUGUUCAUAUUUGUCGUAUGGGAAGCUAGAAAUAAGAGAAGAUUUUAAAACAAGGUUGUAUAAAUCAUAAUUAAGCUCCUCAUGCUAAAAAUAAUCUGAAAAUACAGAGAUCUUUUGAUCCAAAAAGCUAUAAAAACAUUGCUGUGAGACUAAUGGUAAAAAACAUCAUUAUUUUUUCAAGAAAAUGUAAAAUUCAAGUAUAUAACAUCUGCGAUUCAUCAAGCUAACUGGGAAAUGGCCAAAAAGGCAUGGAGAAAAAUCUGAGUUGCCAUCUUCUAACCAGUCGUAAAUAAUGAUAGUGUAAACAUUGCAUUGGCUGCAUACUGAAUGUUGCUCCUCAGUGCCUAUUUUUGUUAGAUGUACAGUUUAAUCCAGUUUAAAGCAUUUCUAGGGUUUAAUAAUUUAACAACCAAAAACAAUACCUUUCUGGAUUUGAUAUGAUUAAGAGCUGGAGAGACAACAUCUAUGCAAGAUCUUCUGCCAUCUCCUUCACUAUGGUAAUUCUCUAUGAAAAUAACACAGUAGAAAGCAUCCAGCUCUGCUUGAACUGCACCCAUCCGGGGGCAACAAUCAACAUUUCCAAGGCCAUUGUGGUUGGUGUUAUUUUUGGGGUGUUCAUCACUUUUGGAGUUCUUGGAAAUAUCUUGGUUAUUCUUUCAGUGGCCUGUCAUCGGCAUCUUCAGACUGUGACUCACUAUUUUAUUGCCAACCUUGCCGUUGCUGACCUGCUCUUAAUGUCCAUGGUGCUUCCAUUUUCUGCAACCUUCGAGAUACAAGGUUACUGGUUGUUUGGUCGCAUCUUUUGCAACAUCUGGGCUGCUGUGGAUGUCCUCUGUUGUACAGCCUCCAUAAUGAGUCUGUGUGCCAUAUCCAUUGACAGAUACAUAGGAGUUAGCUACCCACUUAGAUACCCCAGCAUCAUGACUGAAAAAAGAGGUGUUCUAGCUUUGCUUUGUAUAUGGGUUUUGUCCCUUGUGAUCUCGAUUGGACCUCUAUUUGGUUGGAAGCAGCCAGCUCCAGAAGAUGAUAAAAUCUGUGAAAUCACUAAAGAACCAGGGUAUGCACUUUUCUCAGCCUUUGGAUCAUUCUACCUGCCUCUCAGUAUCAUCCUUGUUAUGUACUUUAGGGUAUAUAUUGUGGCCAAAAGGGAAAGCAAAGUGUUAACCAGUGGAAUGAAGCUUGAGAAGUCUGAUUCUGAGGAGGUAACCUUAAGGAUUCAUCGGAAAAGCACCCCAGAAAGCAUCGGUUCCACUUCUAGUUCAAAGCAAAAGACUCAAUUCUCAGUGCGCCUUCUCAAGUUUUCCAGAGAAAAGAAAGCUGCUAAGACUUUGGGUAUUGUAGUAGGAUGCUUCGUGCUGUGCUGGCUUCCAUUUUUUCUUGUCAUGCCUAUAGGAUCCAUUUAUCCUCCGGCCAACUCGUCGGAUACUAUUUUCAAGAUUACAUUUUGGCUGGGUUAUUUUAACAGCUGCAUCAACCCAGUGAUCUAUCCUUGUUCCAGCCCCGAGUUCCGGAAGGCCUUCCAAAACAUACUCCAUGCUCGGUGCUCGCACAGGAGGCAGGCUGCCAGCAAGUACUCCUCUGGUUUCCUCCUAAACAGCCCAGUGCACCGGAGUUCAGAGGAAAACAAAAAUGUGGUGAGAAUUCCCGUGGGCUCGGGGGAGAUGUUUUACAGGAUCUCCAAGUCUGAUGAGGGUUGUGAAUGGAAAUAUUUUACCCCCCUGCCCAGCCCGGCCACGCCAUACGGCACUCCAAGAGAUUUUGCCAACUGUUCCUCUGCCAGAGUGAGCAGUAAGUCUUUUCUGAGAACCUGCUGUUGUGUUGGCACCCAACAGACUCGCUCUUGCCAUGACGUGCCCACCAUCAAGAUACAUACCAUCUCUGUGAGCGAGAACGGUGAAGCCGUUUGAGCACGGAACAAUAUUAAGGCAUGGAAUUAUUCUAGGGCAUUUCUAAUACUGGUACUUGUGCAGUACGUGUGUGAGGGAUAAAAGAAAGCGUGUGCCGCACACAGGAGACGGAUCAGUUCCAGUCUAAAGCUGGUUACAUUCCAUUUUGGUCUUUUAUAAACCUCAACCUCCCCAAGUGGCUCAGAAUAACACGUCUGUGUGUGACCAGCUCUGGCCAUUUUAACUAUGCUGCUAUCAUUCCAUCCACCUCGCCCCCGGCUGCACAAUAACUUACGUUCAAGGAGCUGACGGUGCUAUGUGCAUGGGAAAUGUGGUGUGUGUCUUUAAAUAAGGCGUCCAACUGCAAACCAACAACAGUUCAUUCAGUGAUUAUAGUGUGUCCAGUUUUGUAUGUACAUACCAUCACUUCAUCAGUGGGUAUCAGCAGUGUCCAGUACAGUCAGGUGGGACAGGCUCACAGGGCGACUUGCAUGCCGGCAAAACCUCCAAAGUGCACUCACCCACCUUAAAAAUUCACUCUGUAAAACAGGUCUGUGCUUCUUUCUACAUUAAAACAGAGAGGAUUUGGCUAA